GCGCUCCGCCUCACAUUCUCCACCAGUCGGUCGAGGCAGCGGACGGGAAGCAGCGGACCGGACGGACAGAGUCGAGGAUCACGGAACAUUAGCACAUUUCUCCCGCCGCUGCGCGUCCAGCCUGCGAACAGAGGUGAGCCGCCCGCCGACGGCAGAAAGUGUCAGCAUGUCCAGUGAGGUGCAGCCCAGGCCGGACGACAGCCCCAACACCAGUGGGGGAAGCUCGGAUGCCGAGCAGAGGGAGGCGGCUCCUCCGGAGCAGUCGGGCCCCGAGCAGCGGGACCAGACCCAGCCCAAGAAGAAGGAGGCCAAGAUCUCCAGCAAGACCGCCGCCAAGCUCUCCACCAGCGCCAAGAGAAUCCAGAAGGAGCUCGCAGAGAUAACCUUGGACCCACCACCGAACUGCAGCGCCGGCCCCAAAGGAGACAACAUCUACGAGUGGAGGUCCACCAUCCUGGGCCCGCCAGGCUCUGUGUACGAGGGAGGGGUCUUCUUCCUGGACAUUGCCUUCACACCAGACUACCCCUUCAAACCACCCAAGGUGACGUUCCGCACGAGGAUCUACCACUGUAACAUCAACAGUCAGGGGGUGAUCUGUCUGGACAUCCUGAAGGACAACUGGAGUCCUGCCCUCACCAUCUCCAAGGUCCUGCUGUCCAUCUGCUCCCUGCUCACUGACUGCAACCCUGCCGACCCUCUGGUUGGAAGCAUCGCCACACAGUACCUGACCAACAGAGCCGAGCACGACAGGAUAGCCAAACAGUGGACCAAACGCUACGCCACAUAGACCGGCUCAACUCGGCCAGGAACCCCCGCCCCCCGCCCCCCAACCCCCGCCCCUACCCAAAACACACCGCCAUUCCCACACUCACACACAGACACACACACACAGACACCCUUCUGACACCUCCCCCUCCUCUGAAAUCUGUGGAAGCACACCCGCCCCCGCCAUCCGCCCUGCCCCCCCCGUCCCCCUGAGAAACGAACUGUUAUUUGUUCCAUGCUGACUUGAAAAGCUUCUUUUUUAUACAAAGAGUCUAUUGGGAUUGUAUUUUCCAAUACACUGAAUGUUGAUAUGGUCAUGAAAAGCUUUAAUACUGUUAUUGUUCUUGUCGAUGUUGUCCUCCUUCUCGUUACUGCAUUGUGUAUAACAUUGUCGCCACCCUCGUCAUCUUCGCGUGUAUUAUUCCCAUUUCAUGUGAUGGUUUCAUGUUCCAGUGAUCAUGCCGAGCGAGUGCGUUUAGUUUGUUUCCCUUCCAGUGGUUUUACAGCUCAUGGUCGAUGUUAGUGCAUGGCAUCAGGAUGUGUGUUCCUCCGGCGGACAUGUUCUGUCCCAGUAAGAGUUCUGGCAUGGAGGGAGCCAUCACCCUGUAAGAUGAUAGUGGUAGUUUGCUGUACAUUUAAUGCCUUGUGAGAAUACAUACUCAAUUAAACACUGGCUGUAAUGUGA